CGGGCCCGGCCGUUGCCAUGGAGCUGCCCGCCCCCAUCCGCCAGCGCCUCGGGGCCUUCAGCCGGACCGUGUUCAACGAGCCCAACAGAACCGGGCCGGAAUCGGCCGGCGGCUCCGACAAUGAAGUAGUCUCCAGUUUGCCAUUACAGAUGUCCCUCUAUUUCAAUGUUUACUUUUUCCCAUUUUGGUGGGUGUGCAGUGUCAUCAUGCUACAGCUGAAGUACCCAUUCUUGCCAGAUUACUACAAGUUCAUCCUGGUGACUGUACUCAUCCUGGUAACCUUAAUUGAAGUCAUCCGGCUGUAUCUAGGAUACAUGGGCAAUUUACAGGAGAAGGUUCCUGAAUUGGCUGGCUUUUGGCUCCUGAGCCUCCUACUGCAGCUGCCGCUAAUCCUCUUCCAGCUCUUUAACGAAGGUUUGAAGAUCCUGCCCCUGGAACGAGCUGUCCAUAUCAUCUUCACCGUCUUCCUUGCUUUCCAAGUUAUCGUAGCGUUUCUUGCCUUAAAGAAAAUGGUAAACCAAUUAGCCACCCGCUUCCACCUCCAGGACUUUGAUCGACUUGAUCAGUCUUCUGUAACCAGAGAUCUGGUUGGAAAAGAAAGACAAAUUCAGACUCCUGGUUUUUCAAGACCACACUUGGAGGAGUUUCGUUCCACAAAUGUUGGCUGGGGAUCUGGACUCCAAGCCUGACGGAUGCUUUCCAAAGGCACAAGGAAUAAAGAAGAUAAGUGAACUUGCUUGGUCUUUUUCCCCACCAAGGGCUCAAUGAGUCUUUUUAAGACCACUUUUCAGUAUUCCAAAAAUACGCUGAAGUGUGAAGGGACUGAGCCCACUCAAAAUAUUUUGAUUUCCUUAUUCAUUACUGGAAGGAAGUCUGUCUUAAUAACUUGAGUUCAUUUGUUAAAAUUCUAUGACUGUUUCUUUUAACUUGUACAGUAUAUUUUUAUAUUACUCUAGAGUGUUGUCUUUUCCUACAGUAUAUCUGAAAAUUUAUAUUAAAAUAUUGGCAAAGAUUCACUAUGCACAAAAGAUAAUUCAGUUCCUUUUAGACUGAUUCCAGUAUUUGAGCUCUCACAAGUUACCCCCACAGGUAUAC